AUGUUUUUAAAAAAUUUAAAGAGAUAUCACAGGAAAAAAAAACUCCUACAAGUUGCGACGGUGGUGUGUGCGGUGGUGGCUGCGUUGAUCACGGCGGUGUACAUCACGGACUACUACCUGAAGACCUGGAGCCUGAAGCUCCAGGAAGACCUCAGCGAGGUCUGCAAAAUACUCUACCCUGACCCAGUCAGGGGGAUCCUCCAAUACCUACCCCUUGUGGGUAGGACGUUUACCACCUCACCCUGUCACCUUUCCCCAGGAGAGGCUGAGGGUGUGUGGAAAAUCCCAGUAGUCCGCUGGGCCUUAAGGGUGUUGUCCCUGCGACGCCGCCUCAAGUACGCGCCCGCGUGCUGCCCCCAGCCCAUCAUCUCCUACACCUCGGCGAUCCUUCUCGCCCUUGCCCUCAUCAUCACCGUCUUGUUCAUUGUGGCAGUACGAGCACUACUGAUAAGGUACGUGCCGGAGAAGGAACGCAUAAAAGCGUGCCACCGUCAGCGGAAGGUUGUGUCCCAUAGGCACAAACAGAGCAAGGCCGAUACCUCCUCCUCGGAGGAGGAGUCGUCGUCGGAGGAGGAGUCGGAGGAGGAGUCGUCCGAGGAGGAGUCGUCCGAGGAGGAGUCGUCCGAGGAGGAGGAGUCCGAGGAGGAGUCCUCCGAGUCGUCGUCGUCGUCCGAGUCGUCGUCGUCCAAGUCGUCGUCGUCCACCUCCUCCUCAAGGUCACGAAGACGGCGUAAAGGAAGGAAAAAUAAGAAAGACCGAGGAAAGAAGAAAAAAAAGAGAAAGAAGAAAAAAAGAGGCAAGAAGAGGCGCUGA